CCUUCGGCCGGGAAACCCCGUUGGCCCGCGAGGCUCUUCCUUUCCGAUCCGCCAUCUGUGGUGGCAGCGCCGCCAGGAUGCAGAUUUUCGUGAAGACCCUUACGGGGAAAACCAUCACGCUCGAGGUUGAACCCUCGGACACUAUAGAAAAUGUCAAGGCCAAGAUCCAGGAUAAGGAAGGAAUUCCUCCUGAUCAGCAGAGGCUGAUCUUCGCUGGCAAGCAGCUGGAAGAUGGCCGUACUUUGUCUGACUACAACAUCCAAAAGGAGUCCACCCUUCAUUUGGUGUUGAGACUUCGUGGUGGUGCUAAGAAAAGGAAGAAGAAGUCUUACACCACCCCCAAGAAGAACAAGCAUAAGAGGAAGAAGGUGAAGCUGGCUGUACUGAAGUACUAUAAGGUGAGCUGCUGA